UUCGUGCCGCACCGGAGUGCCAUUUUCGUAGUGAAAAGUACAAUGUUCCGGACGAUGGAAGUGAUACGCAUUUGCGCUAGAAGAAGCGGACCCUCGGUGCUACAAUUUUACAGACGCUUCAGUGUGGUUCCAUUUGCACAGCAAAAGUUAUCACCGGAAUUGCUAGCACCACGCGGAAGCCGUUCGCUCGAACAGCCGGCACCGGAGAAAUUGGCCAUCGGUCCGGCCGAUGAGCUUGCGGCCGAAGACGAGCUGCUGGAUAACCGUAAGAACGUACCGAAUCUGAAAUUAGCCGAGCUGUUGAAAGAUGUACCGCGUACAAAGUUGGCGCGAAGGGCCGAUGAUGGGGGCGAACGUAAAAAGCAACCGCCCAAGCCGACCCAUAAGAAGACCGCCAUUGAGAAGGAUACGCUACAGAUAUUGCAGCAUCGCUACCAGGACCCGUGCGAGUCGGAGGAGCGGUACGACAAGGUGUUGAAAUUACGCUACACCAUUCUACAGUCGAACGAUGACCGGUACCGUGAUCUGAUGGCGCUGAUUGGCUCGCGGAAAUAUCGUGAGCGGGAGAAACGGUUGGUGCUGGAGGGAAGGCGAUUGAUAAUGGAUGGCUGUGCCGCCGGUUUGCACUUGGAAGCGGUCGUAACGAGCGAUCUGAGGCUGCUCGCCGACUUGCGGAUGAAACCGAAACCGAAAGAUUGUCCGUAUUUUCUUGUCACGCGCCAGACUAUGAUGGAAUGGUCUUCGUUGACUACCAGCCCGGGGUUAAUAGGUAUCUUUGCCGAACCACCCAACCUGGCCGAUGUGAUCGCUCGGAAUGCUGCCGGUAGCAAGCGACUUCCGCUCACGGUGGUUUGCGACAACAUACGCGAGCCAAACAAUCUGGGCAGUGUGAUACGGAGCUGUGCGGCUGUGUCCGCCCAGGAGAUUGUCCUGCUGAAGGGCUGCGCCCACCCGUGGGAUCUUAAGUGCUUGCGUGGUGGGGCCGGGGCACACUUUCGCGUACCCAUCUAUGGGCCGAAGGAGUUGUACCAGUUGCCCGAGCACACUCGUACCAGCUCGAUGUUUGUGAUAGCUGACAACAAGAGGAAGAACGAUGAGCGUGAAGGGUUCCUGUGGCGUCAUUACGACCGCAUCGAUUACGGAAGUGCUGACCAUGUGGUGCUGGUAAUUGGCGGUGAGACGUACGGCGUCAGCGACGACAUAAGAAAACUGGUCCAUCAGCUCACGCAGGCGACCGAUGGGCAACUGCCCGAUCGAAAGUUCUUGGCACACAUUCCGUUGGCGAAUGGAGUGGAAAGCCUUAAUACGGCAUCGGCAUUGAGUAUUAUUCUCUACCAAAUGAGGCGAUCACUUUUGGCGAUGGAGGAAACAUAAUGAUGCUGUGAAAUAUGUUAGUUCAUUAGAAUAAAAAAGUGAAGCAA